CUUUCGACUUCUCUUUAUUUGGGUACGGAAAACGAACGAUUGAACAUCGUGUGAAGUGCAGCGCGCUAAUUCAACAACAAAACAACAACAACCGAAGACAAGAUGUCGCUUGUUCCUAUCUUAAUGCAUUUGGCCCGUGAUUUGGAUGCAGAACACCGCGGUCACGAUGAAUGGGAUCGCUUGCUAGACGAUGAUUUUGGAUAUGGUAUCAAUCCUGUGGAUAUCUUCCAUCAUCCCCGUUGGAGCCGCUCUCAUACGCGUCGUCCAUUGUAUGCGCCAUAUUUGUUAAAUAGACGCCAUCACCUUCGUCAAAAUCGAGAUAAAAAUGAAUUGAGCCUCAUGCCAACUGUAGGCAAAGAUGGCUUUCAAGUGUGUAUGGAUGUCUCGCAAUUCAAACCCAGCGAAUUGACCGUUAAGACUGUUGAUAACGUAGUCAUUGUUGAAGGCAAACAUGAGGAGCGAGAGGACGAGCAUGGCAUGAUACAGCGUCACUUUGUGCGCAAAUACACUCUGCCCAAAGACUACGAUCCAAAAGAUGUUCAUUCAACCAUCUCUUCAGACGGUGUACUUAUUGUGAAGGCACCACCACCGCCAAAUAAGGCCAUCCAGAAUGAACGUGUGGUUCAAAUCCAACAAACUGGUCCAGCGCACAUGAAUGUCAAACCACCGGAGGGAUCAACUCAACCCAUUAAACAAGCUCUGAAUGGUGGAUCAGCACACACCGAAGUAACUGCCAAAUAGAUGCAUUUGUACUUUUGUAGCAUUUGUGGUUCACAUGUAAUAGCCUAAGAAUUUUAUUUCAAUGUACUAUGUAUGUAUCAAUCACCAUCAUUAUUUAUAAUUAUUCAUUAAAAUUGUGUGAACAUUUUGUCUCAUUUUUCGGUAAAACCAAAAAGACUUUAACUUGUACUGAAUAAAAUCUAAUCUCUUUUUACAA